AGUCAUUUAAGUAAAAGACACUUCAUGUGAAAAAACAACUUUUACCCUAUGGUUUCCAUCGUUUCUUGAUUCGUGAUAUAGUUCUGCUAUGUGAAUGCAUAGUUUUUGUACCAACCAUUUUAAUAAAAUAAAGCUCAAUUUAACAAGCCUCAAAAAGUCAGUUCAAGGAAAAUAGAGAAUGGGACUAUAAAUAGGAAUCCCAAUAAAGUAGGCAACUAUUCAGUUGCGAGGAUAAAAGAUAAGUCACUAACAAAUUUAUACACAUAUCCACAGAGAAAUCUCAGUACUCAAAUGGAGAGAACGAAGUCAGUACUACAGCCCCCAGCUUUUGGGAAGUUGAUCACAGUUCUUAGCAUCGAUGGAGGUGGAAUCAGAGGUCUUAUACCAGCUAUUAUCCUCGACUUUCUUGAGAAUGAGCUUAAGAGAAUAGAUGGUGAAGACGCAAGAAUAGCGGACUAUUUUGAUGUAAUUGCUGGGACAAGUACGGGUGGUCUGAUCACUGCGAUGUUAACCGCUCCUGAUGAAAAAGAGCGCCCUUUAUUUUCCGCUAAAGACAUCAAGAAUUUUUAUCUCCAGAAUUGCCCAAAGAUCUUCCCUCAAGAUUGCAAUAUGUUAACAAAAAUUAUAAAGAGCUUAACUGGGCCACUAUAUGAUGGGAAGUACCUCCACAACUCCAUUAGGAAGAGGUUUAAAAACAUUAGAUUGGAAGAUACAUUAACUAAUGUUGUUAUUCCUACUUUUGACAUCCGGACACUCCAGCCAACAAUCUUUUCCAACUAUGAGAUGAAGGAAAAGUCAUAUUUGAAUGCCUUGUUGUCGGAUAUUUGCAUAGCAACAUCAGCAACGCCUACUUAUCUUCCACCAUAUCAUUUUGAAACGAUUCAUGAGGGACACAAGCAUGAGUUUAACCUAGUUGAUGGUGGUGUAGCAGUAAAUAAUCCGACUCUUAUUGCAAUGGGUGAAAUUGGAUGGUUUUUCAAUGCCAAUGGCUCCACUCCCCUACUUGAUAUUUCCACUCAAUCUAGCACUGAUAUGGUUGAUAACCACCUUUCAGUUGUCUUCAAAGCCCUCAACAUUGAAGAAAAUUACCUACGCAUCCAGGAGGAUGGAUUAGAAAGGUCAUUGUUGUCACUUGAUAGAGCUACCAAGGACAAUUUGGAAUAUUUGGUUAAGGUUGGUGAAAGCUUACUUAAAAAGAAAGUUUCAAGGGUGAACUUGGAAACCGGCACGUUUAUCCCCUACAGGGAAAAAACUAAUGGAGAGGCUCUCCAAGAUUUCGCAAAAACAACUUUCGAUGGAGAAGCGCCUUCGUGACCUUAUAUUGCCAGUAAAAGCAAACCCGGAACCAUGUAUCAUGCCUGAGAAAAAACCAAAUUUUGCAGCAUUUGGAAAACUACGCAUUAAUGUAUAAAGGAUAUAUACUUCUAAUUACCACAUCACUUAAAAUGGUGAAGUAGGGCCAAGAUUGCCUUACAUAUGAUCUAGACAUGCCUAGUUAUGUUGAGGGAAGUAAGUGUAUGUAUAUAAUCUUGGACCGAACCGGUUUAGAACCCGAACUUGAUUUAAGAGUUAAC